CCCUUCCCUCCACCCCGGACCCAGCCAACCCCCUCAAGGUCAUCAUUGACACCGACCCGGGCGUUGAUGACUCGAUGGCUCUCGCCCUCGCUCUUGCCUCGCCCUCGCUUGAAGUCGUUGGUGUGACCAUUGUCAUGGACAAUCACUCGGAUGUGCAUCUGCUGGCGGCAAAUGCUGCCAAGGUCAUGGCUCUCUGCGGACGGAGAGACAUCCCCAUCUACGUCGGCGCGGAGCACCCGCUGGCGGAAGAGUACCACGGCCAUUCCGGCAUCCACGUCCACGGACAGAAUGGACUCGGUGGCACCGAGCUUGACAUGACCGAUGCCAUUGUGCCGAGCUCGGAGAUGACUGCUGCCGAGUAUCUUGUGCACGCCACCGCCGGAGGCGACAUCUCGCUCAUCGCCCUCGGCCCGCUCACCAACGUGGCUCUGGCUAUCCAGGCCGAUCCCGAGUUUGCAGCCCGCAUCCCGGUCUUCUCGCUCAUGGGUGGGACGGUCGACGGCGUUGGCAAUGCCUCACCGUCGGGCGAGGCCAACUUUAUCAACGAUCCCGAGGCUGCCGCCAUCGUCUUCGACGCCCCGUUCCCGGCCGUCAUCAUGGCUGGCCUCAACGCCACCCGCCAGGUCCCACUCUCGGACUCCUUCCGGGCCGCUAUCAAGGCCACGGGCUCACCCGUCGCAGACUUUGCCCACGCUGCUUCAGCCGGCUACAUCGCCGCCCUUGCCGAGUGGAAUGCUCUCUCCUACGUCCACGACUCUACCGCUGUUAUGGCCCUCGUUCGCCCGGACAUCUUCACCUCGAAGCUCGUCGCCGUCCGCGUCGAGACCAAGGGCGAGAUCACUCGCGGUACCUCGGUCGCCGACUUUUCCGGCAUUCACUGGCCAGGCGCUCGCAAGAACGUCCACGUCCUCAUGACUGUCGACACCCAGGCGUAUUACGACCACUACGUCGCCCGCAUCGCCACCUACGCCGCGCACUCGUAGCGUAGCGCGCUCGCUUUACUUGCUCUCGUCAGCCACCUGCACAAACGUCACCGUCUCCCGCAGCCACGCGCCAAAGUCAAACGGCAUCUCGGUCGUGCCUGCCAGCCACUCGUGC